AUGUACAAGUCGAAGCUGCAAGAAUUGUGCCACAAAUGCAACUGGGCAUUGCCAAAAUACACAUGCGUGAAAGAUGGCCCGGAUCACAUUCCACAAUUCAAGGCAUCUGUGGUGGUUAGUGGCAUCAACUUUGACACAAUCACCAUCUGCAAAUCCUCUAAAGAAGCCUACAAUGAAGCGGCUAAGCUCGCCUUCCUCCACUUCACUUCUGACACUUUGAAUCAAAGCGGAGAAUACAAUGAAGAACCCAACAGUAAAAACGACGUUCAAAGUCCCAAAGUUCAUUCAGAUGCUGUGGCUAACCAGCUCAACGAAAAUCUUGAUUUGCCUGAAAAGUUCAAGAAGAUGCUGCAGAUCUUUGUUGAGAGGAAGGACCUCGCGUUACCAGUAUACCAUGUUGAAAAAGAGGGUCCUCUCACUCCUUGUACCAAGGCCACAGUCAAUAUAGGAGAAAAUCGCUUUGUCACCCAAGGUCUGUAUAAGACUUCAGAGGAAGCUGAAGAUGCUGCUGCACAGAUUGCUUUGUUAUCAUUGUCGACAGAGGCGCUUCAAGAGGACCCCCUUUCGUACAAGAAUCUUUUACAAGAACUGACACAGGAAGAAGGAUUUUUCUUAUCAAUGUAUACAACAAUCGUAUCUGGUGAGCCUCACAAUCAGACAUUCAUCUCCUCUGUGGAAAUCGAAGGAGAAAUUUUUCGAGGGGCAGAAGCCAAGUUCAAGAAAGUAGCAGAGCUUAAUGCUGCAAAGGCUGCAUACACUGCCUUUAUUGAGCGGAAGUUGUUUCAUCCUGCUGACUUCAAGUUGCGAUCCUCGGAUGAUGAUGCUCUUAAGAUCGCUUCUCGUGUGGGCUCGGUCACCAUUUCUGAUCAGAAAGUAAAGGGCACUCCUGGAUGUUCAUCAAACACGUCUCCAGCUAUAAAAAACGAGGCGCAGCAUGGAGAAAACAAAGAUGAAAACGAAGAAACUGAAUAUUCUAACGACUGCGCAUCAGGCAAUGACAAAUUCAGCACCCACGAGUCCAUAGCUUUUCCUAAUGUACCAGUGACGGAUAAACUCACUGGAGGUCGACCAUCUUCUCCUACUCCCGAUGUCUCAAUUCUCAGUGCUGCGGAUUCUCGGACGAAGAUGGCUGCUGGAAUGAGAAGCUAUCUACUCGGUGACAGAGUUAAAGUCUACACGUACAUUCCAGAUAUUGCAUUGCCCGCAGGCACUGUGGUACUCCCAAUCGGACAGGAUAAAUGGGUGAAAGUGAGCCUAGAAUUCCCCAACAAAAAUGGCAUGUAA